AUGGCUACUUAUACUUUAUUAGAUGCAGAUUUAUACGGAAAAUCUGUUGAUCAACAAAAUUACCAUGCCAUGAUUGGAUCUUUAUUAUACUUAACUUCUAGUAGACCAGAUAUAAUGUUUGCAACAUGUUCUUGUACGAGAUAUCAGGCUAAUCCUAAAGAGUCACACCUUGCAGCGGUUAAAAGAAUUCUUAGAUACCUCAAAGGCACACAAAAUUUAGGCCUUUGGUAUCCAAAAGAAUCUAGUUUUGAGCUAAUUGCGUUUACUGAUUCUGACCAUGCAGGUUGUAAACUGGAUAGAAAGAGCACUUUUGGAUCCUAUAAGUUCUUAGGCGACAAGCUCGUAAGUUGGACUUCGAAGAAGCAAAACUGUGUUUCAACUUCUAAUGUUAAGGCAGACUAUGUUGCAACAGCUAGUUGUUGUUCAGAAGUUUUGCGGAUGAAGACACAACUUCUAGACUACGGGUACAUGUUCAACAAAAGUCCCUAUCAACUGCGAUUUAAAGAGCGCAAUUGCUAUAACUACUAA